UGGCCAUUUCCCCCAGAUGCCGUUAUGAAAUUGACACACAGUUAUAAAAAAAUAAUUGUUAAUUGUUUUAUUGCUUUUUAUUGUUACUUUUAGGGAUAAUGUCUAUCAAAUUAUCAAUUUACUAAUUCUUUUUUAAUAAUUAAUUCACUUUCUUUCUUCAAUCUUCAUUCAGUCUACAAAGCUUCUUAUUAUUGGCAAAUUUUCAUUUCUGUCAAUUCUCAGGUAAGCCUACCAACUACUAGAAGAAAUGCCGUCUAAAAGUGGGAGGAAACGUCGUCGUCUGGAGUUUGGCAGUCCCCCCAUACCACCAUCCAAGCCAGGAAUUGCUUCACAGCACUUAACAGAUACUUAUAAUGUGGUUCCAGGCUUGUUAGCAGAACUGAAAAAUGGACAUAUUCUCUAUCUGUUUGUAACGAAUGGCCGAAAUGUUAAAUCCGUCUUGGAGAAACUGACAACUUUGGAUAGUUCUGAAGGACUUACAACCUAUUCUAUUCAGAAAGUUACAAAGACUUUGGAUAAGUACAGAACACUGACAGAUGAUAAGCGAUUGAUCCAAUUCACGAACUACUGUGCAGAAUAUUUUAUCAUUAUCUCGGGAACACCAAAAUCCAAACCAACAGCUACACCAAACCCUGUUCCAGACCCAGUAACUUUGUCACCUGUGAAAACGCGUAGAACUUGCAGAAAUUGUAAACUCCUUCGGAAAACACUCCAUAAGUGUCUUCAAAAGAAAAGUGCUCUCUCUAACCAAAGCAAGAAGAAGGGACGAAAAACUUACAAGCAUCCAGAACAUAAAAAACUGACAGAAACUUUGAAACGCCGGGAUGCAGCUAUUGAACGAAAAGAUGCAACCAUACAGGAGUUGAGGGGACAGAAAGAGGCUGAAUUACAGGAUGAAAUUAACAAGCUGAACAAACUCAAUAAGGCUCGUAAAAAGGAGAUUGUGAAACUUAAGUUAAAUCAAAAAAUCGUUCAAAAGAACAAUGCAGAAAAAAUCAAAACCAUGGAGACUGAUUAUCAAAAUAAAAUACUUCUGCUGGAAGAAGAAAUCGAGACAAUAAAAGUUCAGUCCAAGUUCAGUCCAAGAAUUGUGCUUUAAAGAAGGAGGGGAAGACUUUCAAUUUUAAGAUGAGGAUUAUGGUGUACGAUUGUUUAAUGUCAAAUGUGCCAACAGAAAAUUACUAAAACUUAUACAUUCUUUUGCUCAGAGAUUUGUCAUCCCUAUAUGCUUGUCCGAAAUUAGGACACUGUCACUUCAUGGCCGAUACACGAGCAGGCAUGCGUUGUGUAUGCAUUUGAUUACCAGAUGCUUAUAUGGACAGUGAACACCUGGAAGUGAACUCGUCUGCCAUGAAUCAAUGAUUUUGUUGGAACCUUUGCCAAGUUAGCAUAAGAUAUGUUGGCUUUCCAUACAGCCACCGAAGCUCAGGUUAUGCAGCAUCGAGAACUGAGCACCUUUCCCUUCCCGCCUGCUUUUCGUAUGAAAUUGACAAGUGCCGGAUUCACAACAGUUGAGGAUCUCAAAGAUGUUAAACCAGUGGAGCUGAGCAAAGAAUUGAAGAUUUCAAAAGAUGAGGCAUUAGAAAUUAUUCAGCUGGUUAGAGAGAAACCGAAUGGAGAUGUUCCCCAAUCGAUGACAGCAUUUGAAAUGCUUCAAGAUGAGCAGUUUCAACAAAAUAUUGUGACAUUCUCAGAGAAGCUCGAUGAGCUCUUGGGUGGCGGUGUGCCUGUUACAAAGAUUACUGAGCUGUGCGGUGCUCCCGGGGUUGGAAAGACACAAAUUUGUAUGCAGUUGUCAGUGGAUGUCCAGAUACCAGAAGCAUUUGGAGGCAUUGGUGGCGAGGCAGUCUAUAUUGAUACGGAGGGGAGUUUUAUUGUUGAGAGACUGGCAGAUAUAGCCAAAGCUACAGUGAAGCAUUGCCAGCAUAUUUCUACGCUUGAAAAAAACAAAGAACAAGAAGAUGCAUUGGAAAAAUUUACCAUGGAAGAUAUUCUAUCAAAAAUAUUUUAUUUCCGUUGCCAUGACUACGUAGAACUCCUCGCUGUUGUGCACACGUUGCCAGACUUCCUCUCCGAACAUUCUCAGGUCAAGGUGAUAAUAGUUGACAGCAUAGCUUUCCAUUUCCGACACGAUUUUGACGAUUACUCGCUAAGGACAAGAUUAUUAAACGGCAUGUCGCAAAGUUUUAUCAAGAUGGCUACACAGAAUAAAUUGGCAGUGGUGCUAACAAAUCAAAUGACGACAAAGAUUCAUUCUGACCAGCUGAACCAGUCUUAUCUCAUCCCAGCUCUUGGAGAAAGCUGGGGCCAUGCCUGCACCAUCCGCGUUAUACUGCAUUGGAAGAACAACCAGAGAUUUGCAACACUCUACAAGUCACCAUCAAGACAAGAAGCCACAGUUCCGUACCAAAUUACGACUGGAGGAGUCCGAGAUGUGAGCGCCCAGACUGUCAUCCAAGGGAACGAUCAAAUGGGUGAAAGUAGGACUGGUGAACCGUCGAGAAAAAGACUAAGAACUGAAGACUCUUGAUCUGUUGAAGUGUGUAGCAAUAUAAUUUUAAUAGGUUUAUUUGUCAGUUUGGGAGGUGCAUUUGUCGAUUAGAUGAGACAUCACGUUAUCUGAUGAUCACAUUAUCAUUCAUGCCCUUGGACACAGCUGUGAGGGCCAUGAAUUCCUCCCCUUCAGAAUGGACCCAUUGAGACUCGUCAUUUGCUGUCAGGAACUACAGUAGAACCUCUCUAUUUAGGACACCAUCGGGACUGACAAGUGCUGUCCUUGAUAGAGAGGUGUCCUGAUUAGAGAGGUCAAAUUGAAUGGAAACACCCAAUUUGGGACCAAAACUAGUGUCCUUAACAGAAAGGGUGUCCUUAAUAGAGAGGUGUCUGCUAAGGGAGGUUCUACUGUACUACUGUGUUUACAUCUGUUCUGUCAAGCUCCCGACAACUCUACUUAUCCCAUGGACUGGGAACUGCUCGUAAUCUAUCACCAGAGAACCAAGGAGAAGAUGGAUAAAGUCUUUUUACUAAACUUUGCUAUCCUGUUCAAUUCAACUACCCGCUGCCAAAUGUUUUGGGAAUUUCUGAAUCGAUUCCACCAUUGAGUCAGAAUUCCAAGUAUUCAGCCUCUCAAAGGGCAUACACCCCCGACAGGGUUGAUGUGGCCAGAGGAAAGGUCAAGUUUUCUGCGGAUGUGAACUUUAUUUUGUUAGUUUUGUUUUUAUUAAAAAC